CUCAAUAAAAAGGAGUGAUGUUCCUUCCACCAAUAGCCUCAUCUCACGGAUCUUGCCCCUCUCUUCUCCUCUGUGCCUCUGUGUUUCUGUCUUUCUGUUCCUCUUCCCACCUUUGCUUUUUCAAUUCCCUUACAUACACAUCCUCUACAUAUUAUAUAAGGCCUAGAGAAUACAUUUCAUUCAUUGCAAAGACCACAUUCAAAGCCUUCUAUCAUCAUUUCAUCUACUAAUUCACUUACCCAAAUGGCCUCUUGGAAGAAGACCAUCACAACACCCUUCAAAAAAGCUUGCACUUUCUUUAACCAGCAGCAACCAACCCGGGACCAAAAGAAAUCUCAAACAGAGCAAGAGAGGAGUGUAAUGGAUCUGCAUGGUGAAGUGAUGGCAUGUGGGUAUGAAGAUGUUCAAGUUAUGUGGUCUAUUCUUGAUAAGUCCAAAUCCACUGCCUGCAAUAUGACAUCUUCCACCUGAAACAACUCUUUCCCUUUCCUUAAAAAAAGAACCAAACAGGAAGCAGAAAAGUUCCACUGCUGCAGUUAGCGAAUGUUUUUGUAUGCUAAUGUUGAAGGGACAAUUGCAUCAUACUAGUUUAUCGUAGAUAGCUGGGUGGCUUUUGAAUCUGGUAUGAAUGUAAUUGUCACAUAGAAAAUAAAAAAAUAUUGAUAUUUAGGUGUAUGAUAGGAUCUAAGGAGUGCCCCUUUUCCUAAUGAAGACGGUGGCGGUGUUGUUUGUAAUUUAUCAAGUCAAAAUGUUAAUUGUAGGGAAUCCCCAUGAUUGA